AUUAUAACUGUUUUUCGAAAACAGUCAUAUUAAUAUAUAUUGUUGUAUGAACUGUGUUGAUAUAUAGAAGACAGUCAAAUUAUUGGCUGAUAAAUCACAUUUAAAUUUUGAUAAUAAGACAAUUGGCCGAACAGAGUAUCUUACAAAAAUCCAAAUUAUUUUAUAUAAUUAAUAGCAUAAAAUAAUUGAUAAAAUGGAUGAAAUUUAUGAUAAAAUAUCAGAUCCUGAUUUGUGGGGAGUGGAUGAUAGUGAAGUUAGUGAAAUACAAAAUUUUUAUGCGAAUAAAACAAUUUUUUUUACUGGAUGUACUGGUUUUUUUGGUAAAAGUAUUAUUGAAAAAUUAUUACGUGCAUGUCCAAAAUUAAAAAAAAUUUAUUUAUUUGUACGACCAAAAAAAUUAUCAUCUAAAGAAAGAAUUGAAAAAUAUUUUAAUGAUACGAUAUUCGAUAAAAUUCGUGAACUACAACCAAAAUUUACAUCAAAAGUCGUUAUUAUUGAAGGAAAUUUGGAGAGUCCAAAUUUGGGUUUAUCAGAUGAUGAUAAAAAUAUUAUAAUAAAUGAAGCAUCAAUAUUUAUUCACAAUGCAUCAAAUGUUAAAUUUGAUAUACGAGUAUCACAAUCUCUCAAUUGCAAUGUUAUUGGUACAAAAAAUAUGCUUGAUUUAGCAACUCAAUGUAAACAUCUUGAAGUAUUUGUUUACGUGUCAACAGCUUUUUCUCAUUGUUAUGAAAAACAUAUUUAUGAAAAAUGUUAUCCACCACCAUGUGAUAUGAAUAUGAUUUAUGAUCUCAUUGAUAAUGAUCGUGCUCAUACAAAUGGUUUAUCUAAAACUGCAAUAACAGAAUUAACAGCACCUUGGCCCAAUAUAUAUGCAUUUAGUAAAGCGAUGGCAGAGAACUUAGUUGAACAGUAUGCUAAAAAAAGUGAUUUUUAUUGUACAAUAUUUAGACCAUCAAUUAUUUUGCCAAGUUUUCAAGAGCCUACUUCCGGAUGGACUGACGGAAAUUUAAAUGGACCAGUUGUAAUAAGUAUUGGUACUGGCCUUGGAUUACUCCAUCUUGGACCUAGUCCGCUAAACAAUUCAUUGGACAUGGUACCUGUCGAUAUGUGUACGAAUGCUCUAAUUUCAACAACAUGGGCAACUGUUACCGAUAAAAAUAAAUCGGAUCAAGUUUCUGUGUAUAAUUAUGCAAGUUCAGUCGUUAAUCCAAUCAGUUUAAUUCAACUUGGUGAGUUAGGCUAUGCUCAAGGAAUUGAUUUUCCAUCUAACAAAAUGGUUGGUCCACUUUAUUUUUGCUCGACAAAUUGGUAUACAUUAUUUUUCAUAGGAUCAAUAUUUUUACUUUUAAUUCCUGGUAUCAUUGGUGAUAUUGUAUUAUUAUUAUGUGGAAAAAAACCUCUAGCUUUGAGUGUGGCUCGUAGAGCAAUACCAUUGAUUCCAGAUAUACUUUAUUUUUCACUUUUAAAUAAUUGGCGAAUUCAUGUUCAUGAAACAACAAAAGUUUGGGAUAAAAUGAAUAAACGUGACAGUGAAUUAUUUUUUAAUGAUUUAAGAAAACUUGAUUGGAGUAUAUUCUGCUGUUACUAUUGGCCGAGUUGUAGAAAAUAUAUUCUCAAAGAACCAUUAUCAACACUUAAGCAAGCAAAAAAACGUUUUUUUAUUCUUCAAAGCGCUGGAAAAAUAUUUGUCAUUGGUGUUAUUUGUUUAAUUUUAUAUAUAUUUUCUAAUUAUUUAUCAUUGCUAUUAAUUCCAUUUAUAAAUCUUAUAAAAUUAUUGAAUUUUUUUAUUACAAAAAAUUAAUUUAAUUUAACAUUUAUUAAAUUAAUAAAACUGUCAAUAAUGCCUUUAAUAAAAUUUUUAUUAUAAUUGUAUGUAUAUAAUUUAUAAAAGUUUUAAUAACACGUGCAUCAAAAACACAUGUUUAUUUUUGUAUAAAAAUAUUGACAAAAAAAAGAAAAUAUAAUUAUACAUCUUCAAUAAAA